GGUUAGCUGAAUGUUAAAGUCAAAUUUUAACUGUGAAGUAAAAUAUGUAUCAUGCUAGCCAAACAAGUUAGCAGAGCUAAAUACUUAGCAAACUGGCUAAAUCAAAUAUGUAGUGCUAAAUACUUUUAUAUAUAUAUACAUAAUUUAUUUAUUUUUUUGAACAUGUAAUUAGUAAGACUUUAACAGUUCAGGUUUAAAUCAUCCUUUUUGCCCCCAACAGUCAAGAGAUUUUGUUCAGACUACUGCACUGGUUCCCUCCACUCCCACUGACCCUGGCCCCACACCGUGCGACUUCCACGAAGCCGUCCGCCAGAAUCCCUCACCAGUCGUCUGACCCCGUGACCUCACCGGGAAAUCCCCCCCAUCUGAAGUGGACCCAACAGAGCCAACCACAGUUAGUCAGACAGUCGGUCCACACUGUUGUUAGAGGAGGACCCUCCUGACUCGCUGCGGGAACCAUGGACGACAAUAUACCUGAGAUGGACUCGGACACUGAGGACUUCAGUGAUUCGAAACUGGGGAUGAUACAUGAGGAAGUUGUUUACCCCGAGGAGUUUCUACCCACUUAUUACGCUAUUAAAGAAGAAGAGUCAGGAAACAAAACAAAUCUGGUUGAGUACAACAACCGGCCGGACUCAUUGUUCUUCAACGACGGCGUGAGGAGUGUGGACUUCAUCCUGGUGUACGAAGAUGAGGACUCGAAGCCGUUUGACAAGAAGUACACAUUCCAAAAACGCAAGGAUAAACGAGAGUACUUUGAGAGCUGCCUGAUGAAUAUGGGCCUGGAGUUGGAAGCAACACCAUCUGUCCACAUAGACCACCUCAUAUACGUGAAAGUUCACGUGCCGUGGGAGGUACAGUGCACCUACGCCGAAGUCCUGCACAUCAAGACUCCCAUAGAAAUCAAAGAUCACGUCGUCCACUCCUCCAUCAGGAACGUUUUCAACUGUAUCACCAAGCACUUCAAACCCAACGAGAAACUGAUAAAAAAGGAAGUAGACUACUACACCGCACCGUAUCAGAAGGAACGUCAUGAGUCCUUCAUAAAGAUGGACAAGGAAAAAUUCUUCACUCCGUCCAUGAGGAGCAGAAUGGCAAACUUCAUCUUGUGCAGAGCUCCUUAUGAAAUCAAAGGAAAUGUUAAAAAGUUUGGCAUCACCAAACUGCUGCGUGAUGGAGUUUACAAAGCUGCCUACCCACUACAUGAUUGCAGAUUCAAUGUCAAGUCCACAGUCGAAAGCUGUCCCAACGAGAGAUAUCUGCUCUACAAGGAGUGGGCUCAUCCCAAGAACUUCUACAAGACACAGCCACUGGACCUCAUAAGAAAGUACUAUGGGGAGAAGAUCGGCAUUUACUUCGCCUGGCUGGGUUUCUACACCAAGAUGUUGGCUUUUGCUUCUGUGAUGGGACUGGUCUGUUUCUUUUAUGGAUACCACAUUCAAGAAAAAAGCACAUGGAGCAAAGAGGUGUGUGACCCUGACAUUGGAGGAAAGAUUAUAAUGUGCCCUCAGUGUGACCUCUGCAACUAUUGGAUCUUGAACAGCACCUGUGACACUUCGAAGACCCUUACUAUAUUUGAUCACUUUGGAACGCUGGUGUUUGCCGUUUUCAUGGCAGUGUGGGUUACGGUGUUCCUGGAGUUCUGGAAGCGCUACCAGUCGCAGUUGGAGUUUGAAUGGGACACGGUGGAGUUUCUGGAGCAGCAAGAACCGUCCCGCCCCGAAUAUGAUGCCAAGUGUGUUCAUGAGAGGAAAAAUUCUGUCACAGGGGUGAAAGAGAAAGUGCCGUUCACAUUCUUUGGACGAUGUUUUCGACUCUCAAUAGGAAUUGGGACAGUCCUGUUCUGGAUCAUGCUGAUCCUGGCGUCCAUCGUGGCCAUCAUUAUCUACCGACUGGUUGUUUUCUUUACCCUGUCAAUCAAACUGAAAGACUCAGGCAAUUUUACAACCCUAGAGCCACUGAAAGAGUACGUAACGCCGCAGAUGGCCACCUCCGUCACAGCCGGCCUCCUCAACUUCGUUGUGAUCAUGAUCCUCAAUACUCUUUAUGAGCGGGUUGCAAUCUGGAUCACGGAUUUUGAGCUUCCUCGGACCAGAACGGACUACGAGAACAGCUUGACGCUGAAGAUGUUCCUCUUCCAGUUUGUCAACUAUUACUCCUCUUGCUUCUACAUUGCUUUUGUCAAAGGGAAGAUAGUCGGCCACCCCGGUCAACCUGUUUAUAUCCUAGGGAAAUAUCGGAACGAGGAGUGUGACCCCGGUGGCUGUCUGAUUGAGCUGACCACUCAGCUCGCCAUCAUCAUGGGAGGGAAAGCAAUCUGGAACAACAUCCAAGAGGUCUUGGUACCGUGGGUUAAGAAUCUGAUCUUCCGCUACUGCACCCGGGUGAACCCUAAGAAGGUGGACCCGCCUCGCUGGGAGCAAGACUUUGAGCUUCAGCCCUUCACAAAACUCGGGCUCUUCUAUGAAUAUCUUGAGAUGGUGAUCCAGUUUGGCUUCGUGACGCUGUUCGUGGCCUCUUUUCCUCUGGCUCCGUUUCUGGCUCUGGUCAACAACAUUAUCGAGAUCCGAGUGGACGCUUGGAAAAUGACAACUCAGUUUCAACGCAUACUGCCUGAGAAAGCCCGGGACAUUGGAGCUUGGCAACCCAUUCUUCAAAGCAUCGCCAUAUUGGCAGUCGCAACAAAUGCCAUGCUCAUUGCGUUUACGUCCGACAUAAUUCCCCGGAUGGUUUACUACUGGUCAUUUUCUGUGGAGGAAGGUUACGGUAACCACAGCAUGAGCGGCUUCAUCAACAGCUCCCUCUCUUAUUUCGACACCAAUGAUUUCCGUCCGGCCACGGUCACCGAUGCAGUAGAGCGACCUCAAAACAUCACCAUUUGCAGGUAUCGAGACUUUCGGUUUCCGCCUGGACACCCCAGAGAAUAUCAGUACAACAUGCACUACUGGCACGUGAUUGCUGCCAAAAUGGCUUUUAUAAUUGUUGUAGAGCACGUUGCGUACCUCACCAAGUUCAUCCUCGCCUUCGCAAUCCCAGACGUCUCGUACACCACCAGAGAACAGCUCAAACGAGAGAAGUACCUGACCCAAGUAAUCCUUCACGAGGUUAACCUGAACCUGAUGGCCAAAUGCUUGAAACCGGUUGUACAUGACAUGUCAAGUCACAUGGCAAGAAACAAAGACGAUGAAGUCGAACUCUCAGAAUACUGACAGAAACACCCUGCAGAAGACACUUUGGUUCACUUUGGUUUGCUGGGUUUUUGUGGCUUUUGUUCCCACAAUCCUUAGCGUCCUGUGAAAAAUGAAUAAUCGAAAGCUGUACCUGGAUGUAUCGUGCUCUCUGAAGAAAUAUUCAUUUGUUUGAAAAACUUAAAGACAAGAAGAAGUGAGGAAAUCAUUUCUUCCUCCACCUCUAACCACUUGAUUUGGUUUAUCAUGAUGGUUAUUUUUGAGCCAGUAUAAAAGGGGAAUGUUAUAAAAUAAACAAACCAUUUUCCUCAGAUGAAUUGUUAGCAUCUUGUGCCUUUAACUAUUUGACUGGUAGAUUUUGAUUAAUUUGAGUCCCAGUAGUUUUAUGCUACAUUUUAAGCUUCCUCAAAGUACAUGUUAACAUAGAAGGGUUACACAUACUUUGCUCAAAUGGUGUCAUAAAAUAUCAGUAUUGCAUUAAAAAAUAACAUGCAACAACAUUUGAGCUAACCAUAAUUUUUUGUUUGUUUUUUUGUCAUUUUUAUACUUGAUUUAAAGGCCAAGUUGAUCUGUGAAACAUUAUUAUGUUACAAACAUGAAGCUACCCAAGUGUUUAUAUUUAGAAAAUUACAUUUAUUAAGCUGGUUUGAUCUAGCCAAAUGUAUUUUUUAAAAAUAAGCUUCUGCUUUGAUUGCUGACGUGUGUAAUUGUACACCAACAGUCUAUGCAUCCUGUCAAAUGGGGUCAAUAUUUUGUAAACCUUUGACUGUUGUGAGAAUAAUCUCUCUUUCUGUUGCUGUAUUUAUGAAUAUUGCCGCUUUUCUACUCCUUAAAGUUACUUUGCUAACCAUUAACUGUGUGUUACAUUCUCGAGUAAGAAAUAACGCACUUGAUCUUUAGCUGUGCAAUUGUGUACAAGCCAAAGUUGUAUUACUACCUGUGCUGAUCAGUGGUACUACAGCCAUCAUAUAUGCAAACAGUAUCGUUUCUGUAAGAUUUUAUAUAUUUUUGUGUUGUCACUCAUAUGCUGUUAUUAAACUGGUUUUUUGUUGUUUUUAAUUUAACAAGAAGCAAAAACUUGUUUUAUUCCUUUUACUCUGUGCUUCACUUGCAACUUUUGGACACAAAAAAUUAUAUUUUGAACUCGUCUCAAAAUAAUUUUAUAUUUCUUUUCUAAAUACCAUUAUCAGCUUCAGUCAACACCAUGACAUAUAAUGACUACUGUCUUAUUUGUUUUUGUCUUUUAGAACUUAUUUUCAACAGUUUUAUUAAAUUUUAUCAUGAUUAUGGGGGUAGCAACAUUAAUUUUGUUUUCUUUAUGUAGCCUAGAUAAAUUGCUCCAUCUUUGUCUACUGUAAGCAAAUGGGUUUUUUUUUCUUAAAUGUAUCAAAUAUCUGUUUUAUUUUGUUCUAUAAUUUUCACACCUUCCUAUUAUGUAAUCCUUACCAUAUACAACAAAUAGUUGUUGGGGAAGUGUUGUGGCCAUUUAUGCUACAUUUUUGUAGUUUGUAAUUUCUACCAAUUUAGUUUUGUUCUUUGGGUAGUUGGAAUAUAUUUAAGUUAAUUUAAAACCAAAAUUUGGAAUAAAUUUUUAUAUUUGGAAUGGUUUAGAUUACGUAGUUAAUUGUUAGACCCUCCCAUUAAUUUAAGUAAUUAAGAACAAGUGGGGAGUGGAGGAUUGUUUGGUAAAUGUCUGGAGUGGACGGGAGGUUUUGUAAAAUUAUUUUUUGACCACUUUUUUAUACCUUCAAACAUUAAAUUGAGAUUAUUUUUCGUUUCGACUA